CUGAACUGCAGAAACCAGCUGCCCCCUUCUAUGGAAUCUCAGGCAGGCCACUCUGUCCUGUUUCUUCUGAGGUCACAGGAAGGGUCAGACACCCACCGUGCCUGGGUCCUGAGCUCUGUGGCCCCUCAAGGGCAGGGCUUGGCUGACUCCCUUCCCAGAAGGCUCGUCAAGAGGGAACUUGGCACAUCCCACCACCCUCUGCCCCCCCCAGAUGGCACUGACUUCGUCUCUGCUCCCUUCCUGACUUUGUGACCUUGGGAAGGUGCUAAACCUCUCUGAGCCUUGUCUCCCAUCUGUAAAUUGGGAGCGGGAAUGCCGCCUGCCUCACUUAGUGGCCACGGAGGCUAAACAUGAUAAUUCUGAUAAAGAGCCCAACAAGCCCACAGUAAGCGCCAUGGGCACGUUAAGGUGAUGGGCCACAGGAAGGCCCUCCACCUCACUCCCUCCCAGAAGCCACCUGUACCCAUCCCCCCAACCCCUCCCUGCCCAGGGCACCUUAGGACGAGGCUGCCAGGCAAGGAUGGAGCAUGGCCGACACACGGCUGAAUUUGGCCUAUGCGUCGGGCGGCUGAGUCACAUCCCCAAAUUGUAUCUUCGUAAGUGCGUUUCGGAAGGUCGUUUGCAACACCCCCACCCCCUCCAGGCUCCGUCUGCCAGGCCACUCGCCUCUCCUGCCUGUGCCCCCGAGCCCUGGGUGAGGACCCCCUGCGCUUUCAGGAGGGAUGGUAGGAGCGAUGCCUGGGGUUUCCUCACCUCCUGGGAGAGAGCAGGGUCUGCGAUCGCUGUGUGUCUCCUGGUGACAGGCUCCCGGCCCCACCUGCCAGCCGAUGGCCCUUCAGGUGGCGAGCAGGGGCCCUCGCCCGGGAGUAGCAAGGCCCCUGAGUGUUCGUGAAGGUGGAGAGAGAGAUCCGGGGCCAAGGUCAGCCUUAUAAGCCGUGAAGUACGGGGCGUGCAGGAGACCAGCUCAUAUAAACCAUGAAGUGCUAAGCCCGUGUGAGGCCAGGACUUACAAACCAACGUGUCAGGCCACAGGUGGCCACGGCCUGGUUGAGGCCUUCGGACAGCUCUAGGGGAGGAAUUGGAGGCCCAGCAGGGCGAGCUUGACUUGCCCGAGAACCUGAAGGUCAGAAGGAGACGAGCCCAGGUUGGAACCACCUCCUGACCACACACACGGCCUCUGGUCCUCCCAGGCAAACCUGCCAGCACAUUCUGUCUCCAGACAUUCCCAAGUGUUUACUGAGCGUCAGCUGAGUGCUCGGCAUUGUUCGAGGUCGGCACAGGAGCCCGGUCACUGAGCCAUGCUGGGCCCCGGGUGGCCUACAGCGAGCCCAACCCCGGCACCCACAUAGUCAUGAACAGCCACAGCCACAAUGGCUGUGGGGGGCGGCCGCUGGGCAGCGGGCUGGGUGCCCUGGGCAGAGACCCUUCGGAGCCCGAGGCCGGCCACCCCCCCCAGCCCCCACACGGCCCGGGCCUCCAGGUGGUGGUGGCCAAGAGCGAGCCAGCCCGGCCCUCACCCGGCAGUCCCCGGGGGCAGCCCCAGGACCAAGAAGAGGAGGAAGACGAUGAAGAGGAUGAGGCAGGCAGGAGGAGGGACUUGGGGAAGACCCCAAACGUGGGCCACCGCCUGGGCCACCGGCGGGCACUCUUCGAGAAGCGGAAGCGCCUCAGUGACUACGCCCUCAUCUUCGGCAUGUUUGGCAUUGUCGUCAUGGUGACCGAGACGGAGCUGUCCUGGGGGGUCUACACCAAGGAGUCCCUGUACUCGUUUGCACUGAAAUGCCUCAUCAGCCUCUCCACGGUCAUCCUGCUGGGCCUGGUGGUCCUCUACCACGCCAGGGAGAUCCAGCUGUUCAUGGUGGACAACGGGGCGGAUGACUGGCGCAUCGCCAUGACAUGCGAGCGCGUCUUCCUCAUCUCUCUGGAGCUGGCCGUGUGCGCCAUCCACCCGGUGCCGGGUCACUACCGCUUCACGUGGACGGCGCGGCUGGCCUUCACGUACGCGCCGUCGGCAGCCGAGGCUGACGUGGACGUGCUGCUGUCGGUCCCCAUGUUCCUGCGCCUCUACCUGUUGGGCCGCGUCAUGCUGCUGCACAGCAAGAUAUUCACAGAUGCCUCCAGCCGCAGCAUCGGCGCCCUCAACAAGGUCACCUUCAACACACGCUUUGUCAUGAAGACACUCAUGACCAUCUGCCCGGGCACCGUGCUGCUCGUCUUCAGCAUCUCCUCCUGGAUCGUCGCCGCCUGGACGGUGCGGGUCUGUGAGAGGGAAAACAUGUACCAUGACAAGCAGGAAGUGACCAGCAACUUUUUGGGGGCCAUGUGGCUCAUCUCCAUCACCUUCCUCUCCAUCGGCUAUGGCGACAUGGUGCCCCACACCUACUGCGGGAAGGGCGUGUGCCUGCUCACUGGCAUCAUGGGGGCCGGCUGCACAGCACUUGUGGUGGCCGUGGUGGCCCGGAAACUGGAGCUCACCAAGGCAGAGAAACACGUGCACAACUUCAUGAUGGACACUCAGCUCACCAAGCGGGUAAAAAAUGCCGCUGCUAACGUUCUCAGGGAGACGUGGCUCAUCUACAAACACACUAGGCUGGUGAAGAAGCCAGACCACGCCCGGGUUCGGAAACACCAGCGUAAGUUCCUCCAAGCCAUCCAUCAAGCUCAGAAGCUCCGGAGUGUGAAGAUUGAGCAGGGGAAGCUGAAUGACCAGACCAACACUCUCGCCGACCUGGCCAAGACUCAGAAUGUCAUGUACGACCUCAUGUCCGAGCUGCACGCCCAGCACGAGGAGCUUGAGGCCCGCCUGGCUGCCCUCGAAAGCCGCCUGGACGCGCUGGGCGCCUCCCUGCAGGCCCUGCCCGGCCUCAUCGCCCAAGCCAUACGCCCGCCACCCCCACCCCUGCCUCCCCGGCCUGGCCCCGGACCCCUGGACCAGGCAGCCCGGAGCCCCCCGUGCCGGUGGCCACCCAUGGCCCCUUCAGACUGCGGGUGACACCCCUGCCCACCACCAGACCCCUCAAUCUUGGCCAUCGUGUGGCCGCCACGUCCACGCCAUCCAGGAAGCCCUGUACAGUGGUGCCUCUUGGAGUUCAAGGAGCCGAAGCUGAGUUGGGCUGAGUGGACCAGGGCCCUCCCCACCCAGACCGUCUGGGCAGAAGGCAGGGCCGGACCGCAGGCGAGGGCAGGGGUGGGCCACCACCCGUUUCCUCCCUGAAUGGAGCCGGGGGGAGCCAGGAGCUUCCUCUGGUCCCCUGGCCCCCUGGCUUUCCCCAGGCCCCCGGUGGGCACGGAGCAACCAGGAGAGGGGUCCUUGCCAGUUCUGAAUAAAGCAGGACCCACCCA